GGAAUUCCAUUGCGUGGAGGAAAGAGAGAGAUAGAGGAGGAAUCUCUUACCAUAGCAAUCGAUCCGCGAGUGCGAGAGAGAGAAGAGGCGGCCGCUUGUCUCUCUAUCUCUCUGUCUCUGGUAGAUAGAGAGAUUUAGAGAGGAUUAUAAAGCGGAAGAAAUUCAUAUCUGUCUCCUUCUCUUGCCUUGCCUUGCCUUGCCUUUUAUUAUUAUUAUUAUUAUUAUAAAACAGAAAAAGAAAAUCCCAUUCAUCUUCAUCUCGUUUGAUCGGAGGGGAAACAAGAUCUCUCUAAAUAAGCAAUGGCUUCUUCUCUGGCUCUAGGAUGCGGGAAGGUGUUUCUAAAUGCAGACAAAGAGGCCCCUCGUUUCUCCCGAUUGCAGCUUCACAACCGUCGGUAUAUGAUGCGAUCAACUUGCUUCAACGAAAACGAAAAUCUUCAAGGAAGAGGAGGAAACAUGACAAGUCGUCUUUCCAUUUAUGCACCAGAUUCCUGCAAAUUAAGGGAAAAGAAGAUGAGCUUUCACGAGGAUCCCAAUCCCGUUUCCCUUGAUAAGCUCGACGAAUGGAUGAGGGAAUCUGUUACAGAGAUAGUGAGGAAUAUAGGAGAAGCCCCUUUUCUCGUGCACGUCUACUCCAACAAGGGAGAUGGCUCUUCCUCCACAACGACAAGAUUGGAGAGACAGUUGGCAAUGUCGGAGAAGUGGCCUUACAUUACAAGGAGGUGGAAGGAAAGGAGCUGCCCCACACCAGAUGGGGUUAUUUUAGUAGAGGAACUCAAGGAUGAUGAAGAUGGAGGUGUGAUGAAUUGUAGUGUUGGCAGUCAGUGUUCUAGAGCAUGGGGCAUAGUCAUCCAAGGAAGAGGGCUUGAUUGUGCUGCUUGCUAUAUCUUGAAGACGAGCAGAAUUUGCUCAUCUGUGGGCUUCUGCACCCAUUUCUGCCUGGUGAGGGCUAAGUGCUUUGGUGAAACAACUGAAUUGCAGCUCAGAGAUUGUUGGUUGAAGAAGCAGUGAAUUGCCAUUGAUUGGUUCAAGAUCCCCAUCAUGAACUCAAAAUUCCCCUUGCUGUAGACUGUUGUGUUUUAUUUUCUUAAUCUCUUUUUUCAUUUUGGAAUUUGAAGAAUUCUUCGGAAGGGGAUUUUAAAUACUCCUUUGCUGGGAUGAACCUCUAUUAGAGGAACGCAUGUACAUACUGAUCUUUAAUCCUAUUAAAAAGAAAUAAGAAGAAGAAACCCUGAAACUGGGGCUUGUUUUA